UUCAUUUCUCAUAGCUGCGGCUAAUUUAUCUUCAAUGGCGAGAGAUCGAGACAACAGGGAGAGGGAAGAUGAGAAAAAUCAACAUAAAGGAACUCAACAGCAGCAGUAUUGGGUAUAAAUGGAGCUUCUCGACUGAGAAACAAAAGCAGCAACAAGAAGCAAUGGAUUUGAGGACUUCUACAACAUCAAUUGAAAUUAGGUCAUCAUAUGGAUCAAUUUCGGUGGUCAAUUGGGUGCCGGUUUAGUUGGUUUUAAGGCAAACAGUGAUAUUUUGGGUGAUUGCUGAAGUCGCAUGUUUCAGUCAUGAUUUCAAGCAGCCAGUGUUAAACUGAGAAGGAAAUGGAGAUGGGUUCCAGGGGUGUUAGUGGUUGACGUUAAAUGGAAUCAGAACUUGAAGGUGUUGUUCGAUUCAAUAUCUGGACUCAAGAUGGCUGAGAUUAUAAAUGGCGAAUGAAAUGAAGGGUGAUACAGUGGAUCUGUAAUGGAAAGAAUUGGUAGAUUUGGGUAGAAUCUGAUGCGGAGAAACAAAUGGGUUUGAUGUUCCAUAACAGCAACAUGGAAUUGAAGAUUGAAAUCAGUACAUUUACAACAAUGAAUUUUUGGGAGUUUUAACUAUUGAUUGAAAUGGGGUCUGUGUUCUAUGGCAAUGUUGGAUGGAUUGAGAUUUUUGGAAAAUUGGUAGUCUGGUCGAGUUCUAGUGAUGACGGUGAAGGAUGGUUUGCACUAUGAACUGUUGGUAUCCAAAGGAGGAAGAAUGAUCAGCAGGGGAAGGAAAGUGGCCAAGUUCAAUGAUGUAUUGAGGUCGAAUUUUGGGGCAAUCCGUGGUUGGCAUUAGGGUCUUCUAUCAACCCAGGUACAAUAUUAUUGCAGACAAGGUUUGUUAUUGCACGACAACUGGAUUACUGCAUCGAUUCAUGGAUGUGGCUGUAUGGAGCUCGGUUCGAAGCUGAUUGACUGAGAGAUUAGAUGGCAGUGAAGAAGAAAGGUGUUGAAUGCCUUGGAAUUCAGUGAGAAUGUGGGUGCAAUGAGAUGGGUAAUUGAAAGGGCAAGGAAUAAGUUGGUGGCUGUUUGGAAGGCUUAUAAGUGGAUGAGACGGGCAGUUUGUGAAGGGUGCAGUUGCCGGACUCAGUUGCAGUUGCCUGGAUUGGGCCUCGCAAUCACAUCCGGUCCUAGUUGAAGUGAGCAGCAGAGCCUACAAAUAACCAGCGAAAGGAGAAGAAAAGGGAGGCCGUAAUUAGGGAAGAAACUAGGGUUUGAGCAUUUCUACUCGCUUUUCAAUUGUUUAGCUUAAUCAUUUACUUUAUCAUUUCUAUGGCUUUUAAGAAAGCUAUGUCUAUCUAAACUCUACAUAAGGGUGAAGGAUGAACUUGUAGGUUAUUUUACUUAUGUUCUUAAACAAUGGUUUCAAAAAUAAAAGCUUAACAUAAUGUUUGUGUUUCUCAAAAUUGGUCUGAUUGUUUUAUGAGUUUUUCAUGUCUUAUGCCAUGUAUAUUUCAUAGUUGAGUUCUAAAACAAUAAUCCAUUUAUAACCUUGGUGAUAUAUGAUUUAUGAUUAUCCUAUGACUAUCCAUGCCUUGUAUGAUUAGUACUUAGGGUUUCUACUUUCUAGGUUGAGAACAAACAUAUUCUUUGAUAAUUCUUCGAUAAAUCUUGAACGUCACAUCUUCUAUGUACUAGCCAGGCUUGUUAUUAUACAUGAGUUAAAUGAGACCUUUGUGGUAGAACAUAAGAAACAUUAGCCUACAACAGAUUUCCGUAACCUUGAAACGUUUAUAUCCUUGAUAACAACCUUCAAUAAUUCGCUUUAGUUCAUUUGUUUGUUUAUUUUGUUCGUAUAAAAAUUCGGAAUUCUUCAUAUUGAAACAUCUUUGACUUGAAAGUAGUGAGUAUCUAUUAGAAUCGUGUUUGACACUCCUCGUUGGAACGAUCCCUAUUUGCCACUAUCCUCGUAUAGUGCACAGUAUACUUGCGGUUAAUAAAAGUUGGUUCUCCGACCCAUCAAGUUUUUGGAACCGCUGCCGGGGAGUGGUUGCAAUACUCUCUUAUUGAUAUCAUCAAUUUUCUUGUCAAAGUUUCUGUACAUAGUGUAUUUUUGUUUUUAUUUUCCUUUAGUUCCUUUUAAGCAGUUUUUCUGAUUUUGUUUAGGUACCUUAGCGAGCUUGAAAAAAAACACACAGCUGGAAUCUCUCAAAAACCGGCAGAAAAGUAAGUACUUGAGAAGCACGCUGAAUUUCUACAAGGUGAGUCAUACAAACUUCUGCAUCUUGUUUGCAUAUGCCAGAUCUACUAAGUGGUUAGGAUAGAGAAAAAUUUGAUCGUCUUGUUAGUGAUAACCCUUUACGCAUGAAGGAAACAGAUGAUGAGGGUACGAACCCUCCGCCUAAAAGUUUGAGAGACUAUAUGUUCCUGAUUAGAGUCUCUCAACUUUCUUGUAUUGUUUUGCCUGCCACCAUGGAAACUUUUGAUAUUAGAGCAAGCACUAUUCAAGCACUUCCUAAUUUCUAUGGUAUGGAGAAUGAAAAUCCUUACUACCACAUUAGAGAUUUUGAAGAAUUGUGUGGUACAAUGAAAUUCAAGUAUUUAGCUGAUGAGUAUCUCAAACUUAGGUUGUUCCCCUUUUCCUUGAAGGAUAAGGCAAAGUCAUGGUUAAAUGCAUUAACUCCUUCAUCAAUUAGUACUUGGGAUGGCAUGAUUAAUCUAUUCUUGUAUAAAUUCUUUCCUAGGCAUAAAACUAUUGUCAUUCGUCAAAAGUUGAAUAGUUUUUCACAACAAGAAGGAGAAUCUCUUUAUGAUUAUUUAGAGAGGUUCCAUGAUCUCUUGCUACAAUGUCCGCACCAUGGAUUUGAUACUCCUAGGCUCACAUUGAUUCUAUAUGAGGGAUUAGAUUUCAAAACAUUGACUAUGGUAGAAUCAUUUUGUGGUGGAAAUUUUCCUGGUAAGACUGCCGAAGAAGGUUAUAAAUUUUUGCAUGAAAUGGCAGAAAAAACACAAGAAUGGGAGGCUAGAGAACCCAUAAGAUCAAUGACUAGUAGCACAGGGGUUCACAUACUUGAAAGUGAAUUGGACUCUGGGGACAAGUUUGCUGAUAUGUUACGAAGAGUUGAGUCGUUAGAAAGAAAUGCUGAAAUUAAGCAUGUUGAGUCUAUUACGCAUACAUCUUCUAUUACUAAUGAUUUUUCUGACCAAAAUUUUUCUAGUUUGGAAGAAAGUAUGAAAUUGUUUAUGCAGGCUACUCAAAGAUUUAUGGCUAACUUAGAGAAACAACUAGAUCAUAUUACUAGCCAGUUGAAUGAGCGAGACAAGGAUCAGUUCCCGAGUGAAAUACAGCUCAACCCCAAGGGUUCUGUUGAGGUAAGCACAUAUGGUGCUAAGCCUACUCAUCAUGUCCAAGCCUUCUAUACCCUAAGAAUUGGACGGGUUGUGGAUAACCAUGUUCGUGAUGCUGAGGAGAAUGUGCAAGAUAGGAACCUGCCUACUAUUACACAGGUUACUCCUUCAACACAAAAAGAAACCGAUGAAACCGAAAAAAGGUUAUAAGGAGUUAACAAAAACUGAAUCAUCAGAUAUUUGCUCAUCUUAUUUUGCCAAGCCUGAUGAACUAGUUUUUCACGGUACUAGUAGUAGUUAUCAAGAUGCUGAUACUGGUCAGUUAAUUCACAAUAAGAAAUUAGAACCAAGAAUUGUUUGCUUAGCUCCUUUUGCCAAGUCCUGCGGUCUUGUGCUAAUUGACAUUGGUAAUGCAUUGCUCCCUCCUAAUCUAAAACCCAAUUGGGAGUCUCCACUGGGAAUCAAAAUUGGUAAACAUUCUGAACUUAUUGUUUAUGGGAGUGGAUUAUUUAUGGAUUCACAUAUCUUUUUGGGUGUUUAUAGUGUUUGCAGGUUCUUAUUUGCAGCUAACCUUAUAUGUUGGAUUCAUCCCCAACUUUUCAGACUUUAUAUAUAUGCUUGGCAGGUUGUUGUGUAUUAUCUUCACUUCGGUUGAGGUUAUUUUCUGUGUGCAAGAAGGGAACAAAUAUCAUUCGCUUCGUAGGAGUCAACUCAUCAGUUUUGUUCCCUUGUACUCUAUCUUCUAUUUUUGUUUGCCUCUUGCAUAUCACGUUUUAGAAUUUCCCACCUUAACUUGACGUUGGAUGACUCAAUUACAUUGAGGACAAUGUAAUGUUUAAGUGCGGGGGAAUGGUCAAGUAUAUAUAGAUUUGUGGUAGUAAUUCACUUUUGUUAG